AUGGCUGUUAGUGAUUAUUAUUCAGAAGUGACCAACGUCGUAACGAUAUUAGUGGCAGUUUUAUUCUUUAUCUUUUUCACCAUCAUCGUCCUGACCACCAUUGUUCUUACAGUUGCACUGCACGAGAAAUCCAAAUGGCGUAACAGUUCAACUAAUUGUAUCACAGGCAGAUCACAAAAUCUGGCUAAAAGGGACACAAAUCUCAUUAAAACCAUCGUUUUGUUGUCCCUUGGGCUUAUUGUGAGUUACCUGCCUUACAUGAACAACUGCUUGCUGGUAGCCUUUCUCACAGGAUUUGAAUUGGGCGGCAAAUACAGCAAUCUCUUCCGAGUAAUGUGGGCCAUUUCUUGGCUAUUUGAGAUACUCAAUUCUACCAGGAGUAUAUUUGUGUAUUACACUAUGAGCUCUAAAUACAGAGAGACGUUCUGGCAAAUGUUUGAAAAUAAAACUGUCACAUCGGACAAACAAGGAAAAGGAAAGAAUUCACGAGAAUGA